UGCAACGAUGUUGUCAAAAAGCCCAAACUAGAUCAACAUAGGAAUCGCUGUCAUACAGGAUUCGACUGUAUCGACUGCAGCAAGACUUUCAAUACACCGGCCGAAUAUAAGAGCCAUACUUCAUGUAUAAGCGAAGCAGAAAAAUACGAAAAGACCUUGUAUAAAGGUCCCAAAGUGUGUUUACUUUUUCAUCUCAAUCACGUAUCCCUUAACAAUCGUUUUCGGUUUGUAGAAAGGGCAGAAUAA